UUAACGCGCGCUUUUUACGCACAGCAUCUUUGUGUGAUCCAAGCUAGGUGCUAAAGUAGCCCCACUGUUGGCCUCACAGACCACGGUUCCACAAAAGACACCCGUUAUCGCUAAAGUCCACUGGUCAAGACCGGCGGUCCACACACCCAGAGGGGAAGUGCCAUUGGCCUGCGGCAGCGUGGUGUUCAGCAACAAACUACACUAUGGGCAAAAAGUCUCGCGAAGAGGACUCCUCCUCCUCUGAUGAGGAAGAAUAUGUUGUGGAAAAGGUGCUGGACAGGAGGGUGGUGAAAGGCAGGGUCGAGUUCUUCCUGAAGUGGAAAGGAUAUUCAGAAAAACACAACACCUGGGAACCAGAGAAGAAUCUGGACUGCCCUGAGCUUAUUUCAGAAUUCAUGAAGACCUACAAGAAAAGCAGCAGCAGCAGCAGUGGUGGAAGCUCUACGCCCAGCAGCGGGGCCAGCAAAUCAGGCCCCUUGGGACGCUCCAAAGACUCCAGUAGCUCAAAGAAGAGGAGCUCAGAUGAUGAUGAGGAGGGUGGAAGUAAGCCCAAAAAGAAGAAGGAGGACGACAUUCUAGUUGCACGAGGCUUUGAGAGAGGCCUUGAGCCAGAAAAGAUCAUUGGAGCAACGGACUCAUGUGGAGACCUAAUGUUUCUUAUGAAGUGGAAAGACUCUGAAGAGGCUGAUCUUGUGCUUGCCAAGGAGGCCAAUCAUAAGUGCCCACAGAUUGUCAUAGCCUUCUACGAGGAGCGUCUGACCUGGCAUGAAGACAGUGACAAGAAGGAGAAGGAUGCUGUCAGUGCGUGAGUGCAUCACCUCGGGAGGAAACGGGGACCUCCUCCACUGCAGGGACAACCUUGAGUCAGACAUUUUUCACACCCAAAUCCCAAAAAAAUAUCUCCAUCCAUGCCCCAUUGGAGCACAAGGGCCCCAGACUGCUGAGAAGGAUCCAUCAGACAUGAGGGGAAGCUGUAGCGGACAUGGGUGACAUGCUACUGGGGAGGGUUUCUGCUGUUCUGUCUUUGUAAUCUUUACCUUCUUUUUAUUGUCUUAACACAUUAUGUUUUAGUGCUUACAGGAUACAGUUGUGUCAGUAUGGUAUGUUGCAUCCAAGAGCACAGAUGGCCAUCUGUUAAAACUCAGAACAUAGUCUCAAGAGCCAGAGUGAGUAUAAGCAGUUUUAACCAUGAGCUUGUCCUGUGGCAGGUGCACAGCCCUCCAUCAUAAAGUCUUUAUAGGCAAUGCACCUCUUUGCUUGAAGAACCCACUAACACCACUGAGGAUAAAAAAAAAAAAAGUAGAAAGAAUAUUCAGGAAGCAACCACCGCAGCACUUUCCUGACUGCAUAAUCACUUCCUUUUUAAAGACUUUUUAUCUCUUGUAGAUUUUUUUUUUUCUUUUUCAAUUUUCCCCAUCUACCGUGACAUAAUUACUCAAUUUGAAAACUUUCAGACGACAAAGGCCAAUUAUGUCUUUUUAAGUAGUGAUGAUAUCUUGUUCAUUUUUAAAAAAUGUCAUUUUUUUAUCUCUUAUUUCCGAGUUUUAACGUGAAUGUUGUGUGCGGUUUUUUUUUUUUUGGUUUUUUUUAAUGUCAUUAUGCUAUCACCAGUUAAAGAAAAUGACAAUAAAACAUGUUUUGCUCAGUUUUGUACCCCCUUUUUUUGUUUGUUUUGAACUUUUAUAACAGUCAUGUUGGCAGAUUAGAUCAUCUACACUGUAUCCACAUGAAAUGAAACCAGCAUUCAUCACAGUCAUUGGGGUCUGCCACCUUGUGGCUAAAAGAUAAAAAUCUUUUGGACUUUGUGACCAAUCUCUAUGAUGACAACCCUGCAGUUUUAAUGGUGUUAUUGAUCUUGUCGGUUAGUGAUACUUUGACUUUUUAUUUUAUUUU